AUGACCACGUUAGAAGCCAAAGCCGAGGAGGAGGAGAAAAAGGAGCCAUCACCGGCUUCCAACUCAUCCAGCGGGUCGGGCUCCCCAGAGCAGGAAGGCUUCUUCAACCUGCUGACCCACGUGCAGGGCGGGCGCAUGGACAAGCAGCGCUGCAACAUCCAGAUCGUACACGGCAAGAGCGGUGCUGACCCGGAGAAGCAGGACAGCCCGAGCCCCCCGCCGGAGAUGGACAGUUUCCUGGAUAUGCUGGCACACACACAGAGCCGGCGGAUGGACGACCAGCGCGUCAGCUUCAACUACCUCCCAGGCUUCCAGAACACUGACCGCAAUGCCCCCAGCAAGCCGGCCUCCGGGCCCCCCCAGAAGUGA